AUGGAGAAUGAAAUAAAAGAGUCAAAAUUCAAGAGGAUUUGUGUGUUUUGUGGGAGUAGUGCUGGAAAAAAGAGCAUCUAUAAGGAAGCUGCAAUUGAGCUUGGAAGAGAAAUAGUAUCAAGAAAAAUAGACCUGGUUUAUGGAGGAGGCAGCAUUGGUUUGAUGGGUUUGGUCUCUCAAGAAGUUCAUAACGGUGGUCGCCAUGUCCUUGGUGUGAUUCCCAAGACAUUAAUGCCGAGAGAGAUAACUGGUGAAACAGUAGGAGAAGUGAAGGCAGUUGCAGAUAUGCACCAGAGGAAAGCUGAGAUGGCCAAACAUUCUGAUGCCUUUAUUGCUCUACCUGGUGGCUAUGGAACUUUAGAAGAGCUUCUUGAAGUCAUUGCUUGGGCUUAUCUUGGAAUCCAUGAUAAACCGGUAGGAUUAUUGAAUGUAGAUGGUUACUACAAUUCCCUUUUGACGUUUAUUGACAAAGCAGUGGAGGAAGGAUUCAUCUGCCCUAAUGCCCCCCAAAUUUUUGUAUCCGCUCCUAAUGCCAAGGAACUUUUAAAUAAACUCGAGGGAUAUUUUUCUCAGUGA